CGUUUCCUAUUGUUGCCGGAAGUGACGUCGAGGAGCGGCUCCUUAAAGGAAAAAGAUUUCCGUUUUCCUCAUUCAGAUUCGCCAUAAAGUCUUUAUGUUUUCGCUUCUCAUUCUGAACGACUCUGGCCAUCAAAAUUAUGCUAAUUUGAAAUGUGACAAUCAAUAAAAGACACGCAAUUGAUAAAACUUUCAUGACAGUCGAGUAUCCUGAAGAAGCUGCGCGAACGCAGUGUGGAAUCUGCACCUAGGAAUGCCAGCAUUUGGGGCAGCCUGUGGCUCGGAAUGUUUAGCCGCCGUUCGAACUCUCGGCUCGAACUCUGAGUUCUAAAAACAAACCGUCGGCACGAGGGGCGACCCGAGGCGCGGGCGUAAGGCUCUGGGGCUGCAGACCCGGUUCCCGCCACGUUCUCGGGUUUCUUGUGCGCCCUUCUUCUUUCUGUGUUGAUACAAGCUGUACUUGAAUCUUACUCUUCUUUAAAAUGUUUAUUGUGCUGGUAAUGAAGAGGAUGUGUUCCUGGGGCAUACUUUAUUGUCUGAAAUUUCAUUACCAGAGGUAGAAAUAAUGUAAAGAUAAAUGUCUUCUAUGAUACCAGCAAAAGAAAAGAUGAGAGGUUGUAAGAUUAUUUGAGAGUUGGAGCUGAAUCGGAAUAUAAUGGCAACAGGUGACUUAAAAAGAAGCUUGCGGAAGCUAGAACAAGUGCUUCGUUCACUAAAUUACCCUAAUGAGGUGGAUUAUGUCGGCCUGAUAAAGGGAGACACAGCAGCAUCCUUGCCCAUCAUCAGCUACUCUCUCACUUCAUACUCGCCUUACGUAGCAGAACUCCUAAUGGAAUCCAGUAUAGAGCUCAUAGCGAAGAACGACGUGCGAUUUACAGAUACUGUUUACAAGCUUCUUCGUGAUCAAUUCGAUUAUAAACCAAUUUUGACAAAAAAGCAAUUUAUACAGUCUGGAUUUGCUGAAUGGAAAAUUGAAAUUGUCUGUGAUAUAUUGAAUUGUGUGAUGAAAAAACACAAGGAAUUGAUUGGCCUUGACAAGAAUAAUUCAUCAUGCCAAAGGAAGAAGAACGUUUCUGAAAAGCCAGAACCUUGUUCAAACAGUGAGAAACGCCCUGCAGAGGCUGUUGGCAUUGAUAUCACGGGCAGGUUUAUGACAUCAGGAAAGAAGAAAGCUGUGGUGAUCCGCCACCUGUACACUGAAGAGAAGGUUGGCGUUCCUGAAGGGACAGUGACCUUAGCAGACAUCAGUCAAGGCUGCAGUGAGUCAGCAGAGCAGAGUUCUGACAUUCGGAUUCCUGAGGCCCAGGCCCCUGAGGUCAAGGCUGAGCUGCAAGAUAUAUGUGAUAAUCCUGAGAUUACCGCACUUCAGAUCACACUGGCCGAAUGUCAGGAAAAGCUGAAGCAGCUGACUUGGAUAGAGAAACGGCUUGAGCGUUUGGAAGCUGCAACACACGGAAAAGUGAUGGUAGAUGAGAAGGCCUGGAACAACCUUCUAAGUCGUGUCACUCUUCUUGAAACAGAGAUGCUGUUGUCCAAAAAGAGUGAAUCUGUAGAGCGUAAUGUGGCAAGUCAAGACUGUGAGUCAAUUAGUGAUGUGGACUUUGUACCCUAUGAUAAAAACUACAGUGUGGGGGGAGCAGCAGGAAACUGUUGCUCGUCUGGCUGUAGUGCAGUCUCGUCGGAAACAGCACCCGGGAGCUCCAUUGUUAAUUACUGUGUCUUGAGAGAGUUCUCAGAGGAAACAACUAUCCAGAAAAUGGAAAGGAUGAAAAAAAUGUUUGAAGAGACAGCAGAGUUACUGAAAUGCUCAAGUCGCUAACUGUAGAAUGUUCUGCAUAAACGUUCCUAGGACUUUGGCUACUUAUAUAUAUUCAAUAUUUAAGAAUUCUGUAUAUAAUUUUAAUAUAUGAUAAUUUUUAUUAAGAAUUUGGAUUCUAUUUGAUAUGUGAGCUUUUUCACUCUUAAAUAAAUACUUUUAAUAUUUUAAGCUGUAUUUGUGCCAAUUUUCUCUUCCAGUUUUCUUGGCAAAACUUUCUGUUUCAGUAUAUUGCUCUUACAGUGUGAAGUCAUUACAGCACGCUCUGUAGUUUUGUGUUGACAUUCACUGGCAGUGAGCUAGGUAAUAUGUUUUUGAAAGUAUGGGCUGGAAGACAUGGUCUACAUCCUGCUGGAGAUAGUCCAACUGGGACUUGCAUAUUGUACCCAGGAGGCUCUCAGAUGUACAAUCUUAGCGUAGGUGUUGGUGAACAAGUUGUAACAUGUUAAAACGCUCACUGAAAACUAAACAAAUCUAGUUCUUCAUGUAUAGUCAGUGCUGCUUUAUCACUGCAAUGGUGACAGCGGGCGUCUUUUGUGUGUUUCCUGAGGGAACCUUGUCGGGUGUGUGAAUACUCUGGUCUGUAACCCUAGACCGUCAGCACCGACCCAAAUGCUGGCCAUCCAUGUGAUAUGCAGUGGAGGUGGUCUGCACUUUCUAAUGAUGGAACGUUAACAACUUUUAAGGAGAGGAAAGGUCUUAAAGUUAAAUAGAAAGAAAAUCAAAAUCACUGAGAAAGUUACUAUGUGAAUACCUUCUAACGUUGUAAAUGAAUACAUAGCAAUAGUAAUUCUGGGUAAUAGUCAAAAUUAUAGGAAGUUAUUAUAUUUUACAUCAGUCACCUCAUUAUACUGUAUAAUUUUAUUUUAAUGUUAAGUAGAAUAUUAAGCUAUAACUAGAAAUAACUUGAGGAAAACUUUUCAGUAUUCUAAUAAAUGUUUAAUGUUUACACUUUUAAAGUAUAAUCUUUUAUGUUAGCAUUGAGAAGCAUACAACCUUGAAUUUAGUAACAUUCCCAAAGCAUAUCUAGAAUUAAUGUUUUUUGAAUUUCCAGGUCACUUAAGUUAGAAAAAUGAAGAGAAUUCAGUUGUGAAAUGCUGUUAUGUCCCCAGUAUGAGAACCAGCAUGGACUCACAGCGCCACCUUGUGGUCUCCACGCCACUCCAUUGGCUUUUAAUAAAACAAACGAAUCCUCAUAAAACUCCCGAUUUUUGAAAAAGAACAUCUUUCAAGUUUUUCUGUUGAAAGACAGAAUAAAAUUGUUUCUGUC